UCUUGCAGGUUCGAAUCCACAGCAAAAAAUGGCCCAACUAGCUGCUGCAGAUGAUAUCGGAUCUCUGCGCGUCGAAUUAGCAGAGAUCGGGCGGAGCUUGAGGUCAUCUUUCAGGACCUAUUCGAGCUUACGGAGCGAAUCCAAUGUGCACUCUGAAAGAGGAUCUGAGGAAGAUGAGGAGCUUUACUGGGCAGCCAUGGAGAGAUUGCCGACUUUCGAAAGGUUACGGACGUCGGUCUUCCACAUUGAAGACGGCCAUCGUGGAGAAAAUAACAAAGGAAAGAAGGUGGUGGAUGUUACAGAUCUUGGAGCAAUUGAGAGGCGCCUCUUCAUCGAAAAGUUGAUCAAGGACAUAGAGGAAGACAACAGAAAGCUACUGUCGAAGCUGAGGGAAAGGCUGGAUAAGGUCGGUAUAAAGUUGCCAACAGUAGAAGUGAGGUACAAAAAUCUCUCCGUGGAUGCCAAAUGUGAAGUGGUUGAUGGGAAGCCGCUACCAACAUUAUGGAAUGCAACCAAAAGCAUCGCCUCUGGAUUGGUAAGACUCGUAGGAUUGAAGCCACCGGAAGCAAAUAUCAACGUCAUCAAAGAUGUCAGCGGGAUUAUCAAGCCAUCAAGGCUAACACUUCUCAUGGGCCCGCCUGGUUGUGGAAAGACCACCUUGCUGCUUGCACUUGCAGGAAAGAUAGAUAAAUCGCUACAGUUGAUUGGUGAGAUUUCAUACAACAAGUAUAAGUUAAAUGAAUUUGUUCCACAAAAGACAUCUGCUUACAUAAGUCAAUACGACCUUCACAUCCCAGAAAUGACAGUGAGAGAAACCCUUGAUUUUUCUGCCAGGUGCCAGGGUGUGGGAAAAAAAACUGAGAUGAUGAUGGAACUGAAUAAGAAAGAAAAAGAAGCUGGAAUCAUGCCAGAUCAUGAUAUAGACAUCUAUAUGAAGGCUACAUCAAUUGCGGGAUUAAAGAGAAGUCUUCAAACGGAUUACAUUUUGAAGAUUCUUGGAUUAGACAUAUGCUCUGACACCAUUGUGGGUGAUGCCAUGAGAAUAGGCAUCUCUGGUGGACAAAAAAAAAGGUUAACCACAGGGGAGAUGAUUGUGGGGCCCACAAAGACUCUUUUCAUGGAUGAGAUAUCAACUGGAUUGGAUAGCUCAACUACAUAUCAGAUAGUCACAUGUCUUCAACAAUUUGUACACAUCACAGAUGCCACGGUGUUGAUAUCUCUGCUCCAACCAGCACCAGAGACGUUUGACCUCUUUGAUGAUCUCAUAUUGAUGGCAGAGGGCAUGAUUGUUUACCAUGGUCCUCGUGUCCAUGCUCUUCAGUUCUUUGAGGAUUGUGGUUUCAAGUGCCCAGAAAGGAAGGGUGCUGCUGAUUUCCUUCAAGAGGUAAUAUCUAGAAAGGAUCAAGCACAGUAUUGGUACCGGUCAGAACCGUAUGCAUAUGUAUCUAUAGACCAGUUCGUGAAGAAAUUUAAAGCAUCAGAUGUUGGUCAAAAACUAUUAAUGGAACUUCUGGAACCAGUUGAUGAGUCUCAAAGCCAUAAAGAUGCUGUCUCCUUCAGCAUUUACUCCCUAACCAAAUGGGAACUUUUGAAGGCUUGCAUGAGUAGGGAGAUGUUAUUAGUGAGGAGGAACUCAUUUGUCUAUAUCUUCAAGACUGUUCAGCUUGCCAUUGUGGCAUUUAUCACCAUGACUGUGUAUUUGCGUACAAGGAUGCAUGUCACUUUGACGGGUGCAAACUACUAUCUGGGUUCCAUCUUUUUCUCCCUCAUCAUACUCAUGGUCAAUGGUUUUCCAGAACUAGGAAUGAUGGUCCUCAGGCUGCCUGUGUUCCAUAAACAAAGAGAAUUUUACUUCUAUCCUGCGUGGGCAUAUACUUUGACCGCAGCUAUAUGGAAGAUUCCACAUUCUCUGAUCGAGUCUUUCAUCUGGACAGGGUUAACCUACUAUGUGAUUGGAUAUAGUCCUGAGCUAGAAAGGUUUUUCCGCCAGUUCCUUCUUCUCUUUGCUGUGCAUCAAUUUGCAGCUUCUCUCUUCCGCUUCCUUGCCUCUGUUACCCAGACAAUGGCUGCUGCUUUCAUGGCUGGCAUUUUUACUUUACUAACAAUCUUACUGUUUGGUGGCUUCCUUAUUCCCCGACCUUCCAUGCCGGUCUGGUUGAAAUGGGGAUUUUGGAUAUCUCCGAUGACCUAUGCUCAGAUAGCAAUUUCUGGCAACGAAUUCCUUGCCCCGAGAUGGAGAGAGAUUUCUUCUGGAAAUACCAGUGUGGGGCAUCAAGUAUUGAAGAGCAGAGGACUUGAUUUCCCUAGUUACUUUUAUUGGAUAUCAGUGGGAGCCCUUUUUGGCUUCACAAUACUUCUCAAUAUUGGAUUCACGCUAGCCUUAACUUAUAUGAAGUCUGCUGGCAGGGGUCAUGCUAUUAUUUCUAGAGAAAAGCUCUCUGCACUGCAGGGAAAGGAAGAGGGUACCCUGCCUAGUAGCAUUAAGGCGCACAAGAGAACAGGAAAUAUGGUGCUGCCCUUUGAGCCAUUGUCUGUAGCAUUUCAGGAUGUACAGUACUUUGUAGAUACUCCUCAGGAAAUGAGAAAUCAAGGGGUGACAGGGAAAAAGCUUCAGCUACUUAGAGGCAUAACAGGUGUAUUCAGGCCUGGCGUUCUUACUGCACUAAUGGGUGUUAGUGGAGCAGGGAAGACAACUCUUAUGGAUGUUCUUUCUGGAAGAAAAACUGGUGGCCACAUUGAAGGAGACAUAUGGAUUGGAGGGUAUCCUAAGGUUCAGGAAACAUUUGCUAGGAUAUCUGGGUACUGUGAACAAACCGAUAUUCAUUCUCCACAUGUUACUGUUGAAGAAUCAGUCAUUUACUCAGCAUGGUUGAGAUUAGCACCUGAAAUCGAUGACAAUACUAAAAGGGAGUUCAUAAAUGAAGUACUGGAAACUAUUGAACUUGAUAGAAUUAAAGACGCAUUGGUUGGCAUUCCUGGUGUAAAUGGUCUCUCAACGGAGCAGCGAAAACGCCUAACUAUUGCAGUUGAACUUGUUGCAAAUCCAUCUAUAAUUUUUUUGGAUGAGCCCACAUCGGGCUUAGAUGCAAGGGCAGCUGCUAUCGUUAUGCGUACGGUGAGGAAUGUGGUUAAUACUGGAAGAACAGUAGUGUGCACAAUCCAUCAACCAAGUAUUGACAUAUUUGAGUCCUUUGAUGAGCUAAUGCUGCUGAAACGUGGUGGUCAAAUAAUUUAUGCUGGGUCACUUGGUAGACAUUCGGGUGAUGUUAUUCAAUACUUUCAGGGGAUUGCUGGUGUUCCAAAGAUCAAAGACAACUACAACCCAGCAACAUGGAUGUUGGAAGUUACUACUAUUUCAAUUGAAAGGCAGCUUAACAUAGACUUUGCUCAACUUUACAAGGAGUCAUCUCUCUAUCAGAGAAACAACGAACUAGUUAAACAAUUGAGUACACCAUCCCCUGGUUCAAAGGACUUAAGUUUCCGAACUGUAUUCCCACAGAAUGACUGGGGACAGUUCAAGGCCUGCCUCUGGAAGCAGUAUCUGUCAUACUGGAGAAAUCCUUCAUACAACUUGUCUCGUAUUACAUUCGUACUUAUCACUUCUUUCCUUUUUGCUGCACUCUACUGGAAGCAUGGGCAGAAAAUCGAUACGCAGCAGAAUCUGUUCACCAUACUGGGGUUGUUGUUCUCCGGAACUAUCUUCUUAGCCAUUAAUAGCUGCAUGACAAUUCAUUCUGUGGUAGCAACUGAGCGGAUAGUCAUGUAUCGGGAAAGAUUUGCCGGAAUGUACUCUGCACGUGCUUAUUCACUGGCACAGGUUGCCAUCGAAAUUCCUUGUGCAUUGAUCCAAGCCGUUACAUGUUGGAUUAUCACAUACCCUUCAGUUGGUUAUUACUGGUCUGCUUAUAAGAUCUUCUGGUACAUCUUUUCGAUAUUUUGUAUGCUCCUAUACAGCAGUUAUCUUGGGAUGCUGGUGGUCUCAUUAACUCCGAACGCUCAAAUUGCUGCUAUCCUGCAAUCUGUUUUCAACACAUUACUGACUCUCUUUGCUGGCUUCCUGAUACCUGGAAAACAAAUUCCAAAGUGGUGGAUAUGGCUAUACUGGAUCACCCCUUCAAAUUGGACUAUCCGUGGACUUUUUACAUCACAGUAUGGUGACAUAGACAAGGAGAUUGACGUAUUUGGAGAAAAGAAGGCAGUCAGUUUGUUCCUGAAAGAUUAUUUUGGCUUUCGACAUGAUCAGUUGGGCGUUGUGGCAGUUGUUCUCAUCGCAUACGCUGUUGUCUUCGCUUCUUUGUUUGCUUAUUGUAUAUCUAAGCUUAAUUUUCAGAGAAGAUGAUUAUUGCUUUCCGCAUGAUUGCUAGUUCUUCAAACAGAUUCAUGUUCACUCAAUUUAUCUCAACUAAUACAGAACAGCUCGACUGCUUA